UUGAUACGUGCACGUCUUCUUGUAGACUUGUCUAUCUAUAUCUGUAUAUAUGCCAGAAAGAAACAAUCUAGAUAACAAAGAACCCAAAGCAAAGUCAACAAUGGGAAGAGCAAAGAUAGAAGAAAUGGAGGAAAAAUCAGAAGAGAUCAACAAUCUCGAGAGACUACCGGAAGGAUGUAUAUCUGACAUCCUAUCUCUAACAACACCGGCAGAUGUGUGCAGGUCUAAUCUACUUUCAAGUCUUAUCAAAUCUGCAGCUGAUUCAGAUGUUAUCUGGGAGAAAUUUCUGCCGGCCGAUUAUCAAGACAUCAUUUCCAGAUCAUUUUAUCCUUUUCCGUCAGCUGCCGCACCAUCUAAGAAAGAGUUAUAUUAUCGACUAUGCAAUGCCCCACUUCUCAUCGAUGGUGGUUUUAAGAGCUUUCAGUUGGAAAAAUCCGGUGGAAAGAAAUGUAUCAUGAUUGGAGCGAAGGAGCUUGAUAUUGCUUGGGGAGACGAUCCUAACCACUGGUAUUGGCGAUUUUACCCUGGCUCCAGGUUUGCUGAGGUGGCCGAACUGAAAUGGUCAUGUUGGCUGGAAAUCCGCGGGAAGCUCGAAACGCAAUUGUUAUCCCCAAAGAGAUUUUACGCAGCUUACCUGGUGCUAAAGUUCAAGCAGGACGUUUAUGGAUUUGAUGACGAACCUAUAAAGGCCAAAGUCGAAGUCGUUGGACGAGCUGGUGGUAACAAUGGCGAAGAGAGAUGUAUUUACUUGAGUCCCAAUGGUGGCAAGGGUCAAUAUGUUGCAAGGAAGAGAGGAGAUGGAUGGAUGGAGGUUGAGCUAGGUCAUUUCUAUAACGAAGAAUUAGAAGACGACGAGGAGGUGCAUAUUUCUGUGCUUGAAACUGAGAGUUUAGGAGCCAAGUAUGGCAUCAUUGUUCAAGGUAUGGAACUUAGGCCCAAGGCGGACACACAUCAAUACUGUAAAACCACUGUAAUACAUGGAAAGGCACUUUACUGUAAAUAAAAAUGUAUCAAAAAAAAAAGGUCGUUGCUUAAUAAUUGGCA